AUGGCUCGGCAAGAUUCGGCUCCCGACGAGCAGUCCUCCCAGACGGCCAUUGUGGCGGUGACACUCUUCGGGCCGGGUGUUGUCGUGUUGCCUCUGCUUGGACGAGUGUCCGGGGUAGAGGAGGAGGGAUGCUUAGCGUACUCUGGCCACCCAAAGCGGAUGGCAAAAGGAGGCGUGCUGGACCGUGUUGACAUGGAAAUGAAGUUUGGUCCAUGGGACCCCAAGCGCCUCAUGGAGGAGCUCAUGAACCGUAAGAAGGGUCUGGAGAAGCGCAUGCAGCGAAUGAGUGAUGAGGACUUGCAGGAAGAAGUGCAUGCCUUGCAAGACUGGCGCGAGAAGGCCACUGGACGGCUGAAGACACUGGAGCGGCGAGCUGCGUGGUCCUUCCUCGGCGUGGCCGGAGAAGGGACAGCCAGCCAGGAAGACAUCAAGAAGGCCUUCAAGAAACGUGCCUUGGAGCUGCACCCAGACAAGGGCGGCGACGCCGAACGCUUUCGACUGCUGCAGGAGAUGCGUGACUUGCUGGUGGAACCCAAGCAUUACGAGCUGGAGGGCAAGGACAAAUCAGAGGCCGGGCCCGGGAAGAGAUCCUCGAAGAGCAAAGGGAAGGAGGAAGACGAAAAGGAGGAGGAAGAGGAGGAGGACUCGGAACUGUCUGAAGACAGUUGGGACGCAGAUGAGGAGCUUCGCAAAAUGUUUCCCAAGCGCAAGAAGCGCUCACGGCGAUCGGCCGAGGACGUCGAGCCUGAGAGUUUGCACAAUCAGGACUUCCAUCGUGGCAAGUUUGAAGCUGCAAGACGCAAGCUCCAUCGUCAGUUGGGAGACAUGUGGGCUCGUGCCAGCAAGUUAUGCGAGGAGAUUGUCAGGAGUCAGACUACAAGCUCGGGCGCAGAAGCUUUGCGUCAGCUCAGAAAUUUCGUGGAGCUGUUCUCAAGGAGAGAGGUCAGCAAGCUCCAGGAAAACGAUCCGACAAAAGCACAGCGGAUCCUCCGGCGUUUUCUCGAACAGGGCUCAGAGGUCCUUUGUGCAGCAGGAGCCGUGGAUCCUGCAGCAGCUGUCUCGAUCGUGGCAAUGCAGGUCAACUGCCCACUUCUGCAAGUGGCACCAUCGGAAGAGUUGCACAGCCACUGUGCAUCACUCUUGCAGGCCAUCAGCGAUCUCCCGCAUAUGCUUGGGCAACGCUUACACUUUGUCCAGUCUGCGCUGCUUGACGACAAGGAACCAUUCUUCAUACGCCUGCUUGUGCCAGAUGAUGAUGACCUGGGGCAUGAGGCUGCAGGUGUGUCAGAAGUGGAUUUACAGCUCCCUCCGGGCUCGACAUUGGGUGAUCUAAGAGCUGCUGCUCUGCAGAUGUGUGGUGAUCGUGGCUUCGGCACGGCUUUGCCCCGUUUGUUUUGUCGUGGCAUCUUCUUGGCUGGCUCAAAUGCCACUUCCUUGGCUUCUAUGGACCUGGAUACAGCUGUGCCUCUCCAGUGUUUGCCCAGCAAUGCGGCUCUGCGAAGAGGGAGGGGCAGUGUAACAAGGAUCAGCAAAGCCGAUGGCAGGACAGCAGAGCAUGCUGGGAAGCCUUUCUCAAAGCAGGGCAUGGACCCUUCUGGCAAAGCAGAACCGCAAGCCCUGCAAGCUCCUGUCAAGGGAACAGAAGAAACCAAAGAGAACGAGGAUUCGUGGUUUGAUGACUUCUGGACGGCAAAGGCUCCUACCGCUGGCGCCGAGGACUUGAAGGAUAACAACUCACGUCCUGCAGAGGACUCUGGACGCCGCACGGCGCAAGAACGGGGAAAGCAAGCCAUGGCAGACCGCCUAAAAGCCCAAAAGCAGGCCGCCGACAACAAGCAGAAGCUUCAGAGAGCGGAGACUGAGCGCAAGAAGUCUGCCAAGGUGGGCGAUGCUUUGCCAAAGCGCCGUGAAGAACAGCGUGGGACAGAGCGCAGCCAGGCUCUCAUGCGCGCACGGGAUGAGGAAUUUGAGCUGCAGAAGCUCAAUACUGGCUGGGAUGAGAACUGGCAGCAUCCUUGUGCUGGAGCCAGGAGGAGUGAUGGCAGGGCAAUUUUCUGCGGACCGUGUGACAACUGGAUAACUCUUGGCAGCCCCUACGAUCACCGUGAUUUUGAGAUCCAUUGCGACAAGGUGGGCCAUUACGGAUGGAUAGACUGA